AUGGCAGAGAAGGCGUUUAAAUUUUUGAGCGCCAUCUCAUCAGUCGCCAUCUUGAAUGACACACAACUAGCAGCUUUACAAUACGUCAUCACACGCUCGGCCCAGGACUCUAAGAGUGUAGCCUCCAAACUACUUGCCCGAGUUCAGGGCCUCGGUUACAGUGAGAAUGACUUGAAAAGGACUUUACAGUGGGUUCGCAGUGCCUCGCCCAUCAUCGUCCAUAUCAAUCUCGAUAAAGUGUUAAAAUUCCUAGUUAAAGACACGCACUAUCGCAACCGUUUUGAGACUGGAACUAGCGGCGGCUCCACGGACAAGGCGGCUAGGAAAUCCUGGGAGGAUCGCAUUUUUAACAACGCGUACCACAGCAGCCCUCCCUCAGAACGUGUCAAGUACGGUGUUCUAAACAUAGUUGGCGAUCCCCGUGGUGUGAGAAGCUGUAUAAGUUAUGGCGAUUCUUUUCUACAGCUCAAGAAAGUCCGCCUGCGUACCACGUUUGCCUCUCAAGACACUUCAGGAGCGGGAGUAAAACUUUCCUGUUGUGAACAUUAUGAAAACGUUUUGUUUUCCUACACAGACCAGGAGAUAGCAGCGAUUGUGGACGUCGCCACUGGGAAAGUUCCAUUUCAUCGAUCAGAUUGCAUUUCACACUACAAAGAGGUUCAAAUUCACGGACCAGUCAGUCUAUCCGAGAACGUCGAAUGCAUUGUAGUGAACCCACGUCAUCAAAGAGACUCGCUGACCACGAAACUUUUAGACCGUUUCGUGGAACAAAACAAUUGUAACCUAAUUUGGAUGGACCCUGAUGACCUGACCGUAGUGGCACCUUUCUCGUGUGGUGCCACGGGCCAUUAUCCUUCUGCGAUGCCUUUACUUGAUUCUCUCUCUCGUGGGAGAAGGCGAAUUCGACGCACAGGAUUCUCAAGAGGCAAACGGAAGCGUCCAUAUUGACACUUCUUUUAGUUCUUAGUUUAAAUUAUCUAUUUAUGUUUUGUUAGAAUUUUUAAGACCUUGGGGCGAAAUUGGAUGAGUAGAUCGAAUUAUAUCUUAAUCUAGCGAACGAUUGAGUUACGAUGCACGCGGGGAGCUUGGAGAGAGCGAACGAAGCGUAAGAGUUUCUCGAGACGUAGCCGACAAUAACUCUACAAGCUUGGUCACAAGGGCCCUUUCCACCCCUGUGCAAUGUUGGUAAAACACUUUCAUCGAACGCGAGCUUGCAUUUUACAAUUUUCCAACAUUGAAAGAGGGAUUGAGGGUGCUGACGCUUACUGCCAACGAGAUAGGCGAGCGAAAACGCGUGCCUGUCAAGGCGGCAGGAUAUAGAGCCGUACGUAGUUUGAUGGCUAUGCAGAAAAAAUCUCAGAUCUUUCAGCUCGUUUUUCGUGUAAUCCGGUUCCGUCAGUGAUAUUUUUUGGGCCAUAUUAGGAUGUAACCGGAUGUUGUCGAUAGAUCGAACGAACCAAUCAGAACACUAUUUUUCUUUGUGACAUCAGGAGGCUUCGCUUUGUUCAGCUCUCCUGGUUGCGGAACCUCGUUGAGCGAUUAUUUUUGUAAGCACUAAAGUAAUCUGCCUACCAUUCUGCCUUUUGAGGCGUUUACAUCUUGGAUUUGUUGUGACUGAAUCGUACAGUUGUUAAAGCUGAACAAGACCCGAGUUGUUUUCUGGAAUGAAUUCGAGUGUUGUUUAUUUGUUUCAGGGUAACGCUCAGGAUUUGUUCGCCAUCCGUUCGACGAAUUAUUUCGGUGAGUGGUUUGUUUGACAUUCUGCUUUUUGAAGGUGAAUGUAAAAUAAGUUAAUAAAGGAUCAAUGAGGUGCAUGUAACUUCGAUUUAAUGGGUUUUCACGGAGACAAAAGUGUUGAGCAGAGAACAGUGUAAAACAAGCUCACAUGAAAUAUGACGAAGAUUAUCAAUGUUGUUUGUUUAAUUUGAACGUGUUUUAAAGGAUUAUUUGCAAUCAAUUCGGUGAUUCGCGGUAAGUUUUAAGUGACUAAUGGUAUUUGUUUGGUUUGAAGUUUCUUUUAAUUUCAAGAACUUUGCGCAGAGGUCGUCAGAAGUGAACUCGCUGGUUCAAUUUAAGCUUCUUUGGCUCUGUCAACAUGUUGGUUGAAAUUUACUCUCAAAGAGUGCUGUCGCUCGAAUAAACACCUGAAUGAGGUUUCCAAUUAUGCGAUUAAAUCGCAACAAAUCCAAGUUACAUUCACCUUCAAAAAGCAGAAUGUCAGACAAACUACUUACCGAAAUAAUUCGUCGAACGGAUGGCGAACAAAUCCUGAGCGUUACCCUGAAUCAAAUAGACAACACUCGAAUUUAUUCCAGAAAACAACGCGGGUCUUGUUCAGCUCUAACAAUUCACAACAAACCCAAGAUGUAUACGCCUCAAAAAGCAGAAUGGUGGGCAAAUUACUUGAGUGCUUACCAAAAUAAUCGCCGAACGAGGGAAAAGAAAUUCAUUUUAACACCUGUUAUACUAUGAUUUUUAAAAAUAAAAAAAGUAUUUAGCAUUUUGUUCACUCA